ACACACACACACACACACACACACACACACACACACACACACACACACACACACACACCACACACACACACACACACACACACCACACACACACACACACACACACACACACACACACACACACACACACACACACACACACACACACACACACACACACACACACACACACACACACACACACACACACACACACACACACAACACACGCACACCCCACCUCCUUUGCACUACCCACCUGACUCAUCCAGUCUUUGUGUCCAAGGUGACAGACAGACAGACAGCCCACAGCCCUGGCUCAGAGAUAAAAGCCCCGUCCAGCCGCAGACCAGGCACCUUUACCCAGAACUUACUCCUGGACCUGAAGGACACCAUGAAUCUGCUCUCCCAGACACUGUGUCUGUGCCUGGUGCUGGCUCUCAGCCAUGCCCACCACCAUGCUGGACAUCAAGGGGGAGAAGACGAGGGACAUGAGGGACACGACCAUGGCCAUCACGCGGGUGUUUUACUCGACCGCUGCCAGGGGAUUGAGAUGGAUGCUGUCGCUGUGACUGAGGAAGGAAUCCCUUACUUCUUCAAGGGUGGCCAUGUGUUCAAGGGUUUCCAUGGUAAAGCCGAGCUCUCCAACCAAUCAUUCGCUGAGCUGGAUGACCAUCACCAUCUGGGACACGUGGACGCUGCCUUCCUCAUGCACUUUCCAGACAAACCCACUGAGCAUGACCACAUCUUCUUCAUGCUGGACACCAAAGUCUUCAGCUUCUACAAACACCAACUGGAGACGGGCUUCCCCAAGGACAUCUCUGAGGUGUUCCCUGGUAUCCCUGACCACCUGGACGCUGCUGUGGUAUGUCCUGCUCCCGACUGUGAGGAAGACGCCGUCAUCUUCUUCAAGGGUGAUGAAAUCUACCACUACAAUGUGAAGACGAAGAAGGUUGAGGAGAAAAAGUUUGAGGGAAUGCCCAACUGCACCAGUGCAUUCCGCUUCAUGGAGCAUUACUACUGUUUCCAUGGACACCAGUUCUCCAAGUUCGACCCUAAGACAGGGGAGGUGCACGGGAGGUACCCCAAGGAGGCCCGCGAUUACUUCAUGAAGUGCUCCAAGUUCGGAGACACCACAGACCACAUCGAGAGAGAGCGUUGCAGCCGUGUGCACCUGGACGCCAUCACCUCUGACGACGCCGGAAACAUCUACGCCUUCAGAGGCCACCACUUCCUGGAGCAAGAUGCUGGCAACGACACGUGGGCAGCCGACACCAUCGAGAGCGACUUCAAGGAGCUGCACAGCGAGGUGGAUGCCACCUUCUCCUAUGAAAACCACCUCUACAUGGUCAAGGAUGACAAGGUGUACGUUUACAAAGUUGGGGAGCCCCACACCCACCUGGACGGGUACCCCAAAGCCUUGAAGGAGGUGCUGGGAGUGGACGGCCCUAUUGACGCUGCCUUUGUGUGUCAGGACCACCACAUCGCUCACGUCAUUAAAGGUCAGACAGUCUACGAUGUUGACCUGAAGGCCUCCCCACCUGUUCCAGUUAAAGAAGGCUCCUUCACACUCUUCAACAAGGUGGACGCUGCGAUGUGCGGCCCAGAGGGCGUGAAGUUGUUCAAGGGAAACCACUACUUCCACUUUCAGAGCGUCAAGGUCAUGCUGAUGGCCAAGGCUAUUCCCGAGGAGCACAAGACAGCCCUGGAGCUGUUUGGCUGUGACCACUAGAGGCUGAGAAAGUAGAGAGAAUCAAGUUAUGUACAACAACAGCAACAACAACAACAACAACAGCAGAAGCAGCAACAACAACAACAACCACAACAACAGCAACAACAACAACAACAACAGCAGCAGCAGCAUCAUCAACAUCAACAACAACAGCAACAACCAAGUGGUUCAUCCACCACGUCACUAUAGUCAUUAUGAUGUCAUUCUCCUCUUCCUUUAAACUGAUAUAUCAACUGUCUCUUACCUCCAACACACAUUGCCAUUGUCUAUUGUCCCUCUUAAUGUGCUGCAGUUUUCCCCUAUGAGUCGGUUUCAUUUUGUUAUGGUCCCGUCCCAAAAGGUUGGCAUGGAAAGUUAUCGAGGGCGUAGAAUCCUUCUGAUUAAUGUUCUAUGGUGUUGUUCUAUAAUAAACACCCAACAGAACUAA